AUGUCCCACGACACAACAGGCCAAGUGCAGAAGCAUAUCACGACAGCUUGUACAUACUGCAGGCGUCGUAAGGUGAAGUGUGAUGGAGUGUCGCCGACAUGUUCGAAUUGUAGACUCUACAAACAGACAUGCGAGUAUAAUCUUGGCGAAGAUAGGCGCAAAUUAUCCAAGAAGAAGCACAUUGAAUCGCUGUCACAGCGUAUACAGCUUUUAGAAGAGCUAUUACGGCUUAAUGGAAUCGAAUUUCCCCCCGAUGAAAAUGACAAAUCGCCGCCCAGCGAAGGUGCAGCCGCUAACAGUACAUCAAAAGAUACCAAAAGAUCGUUAAAUGGGCAGAGUGCUCCUCAGGAGCAAGGGAGUUAUCAGCUCCCACCCACUAUAAUCCCGGAUAACUCACUUGCUUCACAAACAGGGAACUUGGUCCAGCAAAGUGAGUUCCAAAUGGAUUUUAUGUCAAAUGAUGUCCCGCAACAAGAUUAUUCUAUGACUUGGGAUGUCUUCAUGCCUGAACAGAAGUCAUCUCAGAUUACCUCGUCAACAAAUCCGCUUCAUAAUGAGUUUACAGGAGGUAUUUCCGACGCUGCAUGGCCUCCUCAAAACCCAGUCGGAAAUGUAGACUUUGCCUAUGAUGAUGGGACAGCAGUGACACCGUUAUCGACCAACAAUCUUUCUCAUGUCAUAGGUAGUCACGAAAUACCUCAAAUUCAAAAAUUGAACAAUGGGUCUCGACGCACCCAUUCUUUCACAGAGUGGCAUGAUGAUAACUCAUGGGCACCCCAAGAUAAUUUACGACAUAUUCCCGCCCUGGAGCUACCUCGUAGCGAUGAGAUGAUUGAUCAAUUAUCAGCACGAAUGGGGUCGUUUCAGAUUGCGGAAGACGGACAACUCCGUUACUUUGGAGCUACGUCAAACCUUCAUAUCUUACAUAAUGGAGCAUCAUCCUUAUCGAGCACUCCGACCCGCUCAGUGCGUACAGAGGGCGCAUUGGCUUUGCAACGUGCUGGUCUGGCGCAGGAAGUUUCUCCAGAAUUUGAGCAACAUCUGGAGAAGUUGUAUUUUUCGUGGGAGGAUCCUGCAAUUCAUGUUGUAGACAAAGAAAUGUACUACAGUGAGCAGGAGAAGUAUAACAAUGGGGAGGAUGGCACCUCAUUCUACUCAGAGACUCUGAAGAAUGCCAUAUGUGCCAUUGGUGCAAAUUUAACUCCAAAGUCACGACAAGGCCUCCUAGAGUCCGAUCCAGAGUUGUUCAGUUCCCGAGCAAAGACUUUACUCGAGAUAGAAAUGGACAGUCCGUCAGUGGCUACGGUGCAGGCCCUGGUUAUCAUGAGUGCAUCCGAGGCGGCUUUCACGAGAGAUGCUAGAGGCUGGAUAUACAGUGGCAUGGCUGUCCGUAUCAGUGCCGAUCUUGGUCUACAUCUGGAUCUGAGUCGUCAUGUUCAGGAUGGUCAGCUCACCUCACAUGAAUUAGACGUACGGAGGACUACCUUUUGGGGGGUAUUUAUCCAUGACAACAUGUGGAGUCUUUAUGUCGGGCGACCAUGGGGGAUCAAUAUUCGGGAUAUUUCGAUCUCUAGGCCUCCUACUGGUCUGGACAGAGUAAGGAACAAGAUAUGGAAACCAUAUUACGACGAGAUGGACGCCGCGGAUUCUGAGAAUGAAAAGCCAGGUCUUUACGAUCCCGUAGAGGCUUGUGCUGAUAGCAACGUGUCAUUAUGUGCGAUGAUGAGGAGACUGAGUCGAAUUCUCUAUAGCGGCCGGGAUCUGUCAGACGCAGAGUUACGUGACUUUGCUUCUGACAUGCGACGCGAAUUUGCUCAAUGGCACGAAAGUCUCCCCGAAGAACUUGCUGUCGAUCUUCUCAAUGAUGAAAAGAUGUAUCUUCCACAUGUAUUACAACUUCACAUGCAAUUUCAUGCAGUCUCAAUCUUCCUCCAUAGACCUUUCUUCUCUCGCAAUGUCAGAGAUCAAGAAGUAUCUACUCAAGCUCAACGUUCCUGCGUGGAAGCCGCCCAAUCUACUACUAAGCUUCUUCGUAUUUACAGAAAACAACAUACACUUCGGCAGACGAAUAUUCAAAUUGUACAUCUUCUUUUUACAGCUUCUCUCAUUCAUAUUUACAACACGUGCAGCAGCUCUGGCAAAGCGGCUGAAACUGCCAUGGCGGACUUGCAAUUCUGUUGUCAGGCACUCGGUGAGAUAGGCGUGGCAUACAAGAACUCAACGCGGGCCCUCGAAGUCAUUAUCUGUAUCAAGCAAGAGUGGCAGCGGAAGGCGAAUGCAAUGAGGCGGAAAAGAACCGGCUCAGUGGUAAAUCUUCAUAACGGCGAGGGAAUGCAGCGGAAACGCCGGGUUACGGACGAUAGGCAGCGUGAGAGGCCGCGAAUAAUCCAGCCGACCGAUGAACCUGCCCAAUACGAUGCGUGGCAGGAUUCGCACCAAUUCGGACAUGAUAACAGCAUCAAUCGGCUGGCUAGGGAUAUAUUUCCUGUAGUAGGCACAUUUCCAGAUGAGUCUUUUGGGUACGGAUUCUUGAAUACGGAAGCGUCUAAUGGGAAUAUGCGGAACGGCAGUGUCAACGGCGGAUGA